AUGGUUCAAUUGGUUCUUCUUUACAUUUCAAACAGCUUACGAAAGGAUCCUCCAGCAAGAGCAUCAUCCUUGGACCUAUUGAGUCAUCCAUUCAUAAAAAAAUUUGAGGACAUGGAUAUUGAUCUCGGAAUACUUGUUGGCACUCUGGAACCACCUUUGGGUCCUCCUGACAGCCAGAACCCAACUGACUCAAACUAA